CAACAAAGUACCGCUAUCUUCUGCCUUGGCUAACCAGACUGACCGCGAACAUAGAUCAAUAAAGAUACCCGAUCAGCGACUGGGAUCUGAAAGGUAAUGCACAUCAAUAAAGACACAUGAACAGCGUAGGUUUCAUCUACAAGCCCAUGAAGCAAAAGUGCCUAGGCUCUUCAACAAAGAAGAACUAACUUCGUCAUCUUCUUGCAUUGCAUAGAGUCACCAAAAGGCCACGAUAUAAUUAAGCUAAGCCGAAUCGAUCUAUCAGUCAUGAAAGAAGAGACACAGCAGACAUAUUCAGAAAAGAACCUCAUGCAACGCUUAACGGACGAAACGGCCAGGAUCUUACAAGCCAUAACCACGACUUUAACCCCCGAGGUCAAGGGCAAUAAAGUGCGAGAAAGCGUGCUUGAAAGCCUACAAAAAAGCUUCAACAGGCUUCGAAAAUGUAGAGAAGAGUAUUUGAUCACUGAGGUGGGCUGUCAGUUCUCGAGGCUAUCGCAAGAGGCGCGAUAUAAAAAGCUUGAGAUUUUGAUUAGGAUUGCGACGACGAUUAAUUCUAGACUGCUAGUAGCUCCAAGUAUUUGGCAUAUUACUUGGACUCCACCAGAUACCGAGAAACUGCUUCAGCUCAUCGAGGAGACAAAGGCCGAAUGCAAAAGCAGCCCGCCUUCUUCAGCUUACUCUUCUUGGAAGGGCAAGAACGAUAUCGAUCAAAUCACGAUCGCCUUGAUAGUAGACACCAUGUCUUUGUUGCAAGUCUCGUCCGGUCAUGACUGUUAUCCCUUCAACCUCGAAACGGAACACAAUCUCUUGAUGAUGCUAACGAAGGGUAUGCAAGACUGGGACAAGAUCUCAAGGGAAGGUUUCGAUCGACUCGGAAGUGAUUCGUACAGCAAGUCAGAAAGACUGCGGGUGGCGUGGUAUGAGUCUCGCCUUCUCCGCCCAGCAGAACCUGGAAACCUGUUUGGGGAAGAUGUUCUGCUGCUUGGGUACAUACUGUAUAGGACUUCCGGAGACAAUCGUUUCAAUGUUUGACCUAGCCAGAAGAGACAUGGCCAAGGUAUUCCAGCCCAAGCCUGGGACUUGACACUCAGUGAACAUGCAAGCUAGAUUAUUAAGUCAAUAUUCAAUACAAUCAAGA